AUGUUGAAUGUUGCUUUUGGUGAAUCUUCUAUGAAUAAAACAAGCAUUUACAAGUGGUACAAAUGUUUUCAAAAGAGCCGUGAAGACGUUAAAGAUGACGAGCGCCCUGGACGCUCCAGCACAUCAACAACCGAUGACAACGUCGAAAAAGUAAAGAAAAUGAUUAUGAACAAUCGCCGAAUCACUAUUAGAGAGGUUGCUGAUGAUAUUGGCAUACCAUUUGGCUCAUGCCAAGCAAUUUUUUCAGAUUUGUGGCGAAACAAUUCAUGGCAAUUGCACCACGAUAAUGCACCUACUCACACUUCACUGCUUGUUCGUGAAUUUUUGGCCAGAAACAACACCGUUAUGAUGCCUCAGUCUCCAUAUUCGCCGAACAUGGGCCCCUGUGACUUCUUUCUAUUCCCGAAGCUGAAAAGAACUAUGAAAGGACAAUGUUUUGCCAACAUUAAAGAGAUAAAGACAGAAUCGCUGAAGGAGCUAAACGCCAAACCGAAAAUUGCGUUUCAGAAGUAUUUCGAAAAUUGGAAAAAGCGCUGGCACAAAUGUAUUAUAUCUAAUGGGGAGUACUUUGAAAGGGACAAAAUUAAUAUCGAUGAAUAA